UGCCAGCACUCACCCACAGCGGGAGCUGCGGACUGCAAACAGAUUCCGCCCGCCCAGCUGUCAAGCGAGAUAUCGCGAUAUUCUGACAGGAGCUGGUGGGAUUUGGCCUUGAGCAAGGUUCAGCCCUUGUGGGGGGUAAGUUUGUAAACACGGAGGGUGCAGAGCGGCGGUAGAACGGGGACUGGCAUGCCUGCUGCCCUCUAACAUGGCGGAACGGGCACUACCAUUGUCAGGCUGGAGCUGCUGAAGGACCUGCAAGGACAGCAGUCCCCAUUCCUCAGGCAGCCAGUUCUAGCCACUCCCCCGAUGACGUCCUUGGUGACGAAACGCAUCGGGUUGGGCCAACGAGAGUGACGCGAUCACACCAGCCGGGACCUGGAAAUUAGACGGGCAGCACAAAGAAGGACGUCUUUAUUUUGAUAUUAUACACCGCUUGUUUGUUAUAUUAACCUUGUAAUAACAAGGACCUGUAGAAUAUGAGUGAUGAUAAACCAUUUGUAUGCACUGCCCCUGGAUGUGGCCAGCGUUUUACCAAUGAAGAUCAUCUGGCUGUACACAAGCAUAAACAUGAGAUGACCCUGAAGUUUGGGCCUGCUCGCAAUGACAGCGUAAUCGUUGCAGAUCAAACGCCGACACCCACUCGGUUCUUGAAGAACUGUGAAGAAGUAGGUCUUUUUAAUGAACUUGCAAGUCCAUUUGAAAAUGAUUUUAAGAAGGCAUCAGACGAUGACAUCAAGAAGAUGCCUCUGGAUCUCUCUCCCCUGGUAACUCCUGUUAUAAGAAGCAAAAUUGAAGAGCCAGCUAUAGUUGAAACAACACAUCAAGACAGUCCAUUACCUCACCCUGAGUCUACCACAAGUGACGAAAAGGAUACCAAGAGGAACCAUGGAAAUGGAAUAUCAAAAACGGAAGACCCUCAUCCUAAGGAAGUGCCAUUGCCAACCGCACAGCCCACAUCUACCAUCGUUCGAUCUCCAUCUCUUCAGGUUCCAAAUGUGCUGCUUACAAAUUCAGAGUCAAGUGUUAUUAUUCAACCAGCGGUACCUUCCCCAACAUCCAGCUCCGUAAUUACCCAAGCGCCGCCUUCUAACCGGCCCAUAGUACCAGUUCCAGGUCCUUUUCCUCUCUUGUUACAUCUACCUAAUGGACAAACCAUGCCUGUUGCUAUUCCUGCCUCAAUCACCAAUUCCAAUGUACACAUACCUGCUUCAGUCCCAAUUGUCAGACCCGUCACCGUGGUGCCUACUAUCCCAGGGAUUCCAGGCCCUUCAUCGCCACAACCUGUCCAGUCAGAGGCAAAGCUGAGAUUAAAAGCUGCUUUAACCCAGCAGCAUCCUCAGGUAACGAAUGGUGAAACCACCAAGGGACAGAGUAGCGGAGUAGCAAAAAUUCAGGCAGAAGAAGCCCAUCCACAGUCCUUACAGCAGCCUGCCACAUCAACUACUGAAACACCGGCUUCUCCAGCUCCCCCUGCACCACAAACACAAAGCACAGGGGGGCGCCGGAGAAAAGCAGCAAGUGAUGACCCAGAUGAGAAGAGGAGGAAAUUUCUAGAACGGAACCGCGCAGCCGCUUCCAGGUGCAGGCAGAAGAGGAAAGUGUGGGUGCAGUCCUUGGAAAAGAAAGCAGAGGACCUAGGUUCAUUUAAUUCACAGCUACAGAAUGAAGUCACCCUGCUGAGAAAUGAAGUGGCACAGCUGAAACAGCUUCUUCUGGCUCAUAAAGAUUGCCCUGUAACCGCCAUGCAGAAGAAAUCUGGCUAUCAUAAUGCUGAAAAAGAUGAGAGCUCCGAAGACAUUUCAAUGCCCAGCAGCCCACAGCCCGAAGCAAUUCAACAUAGUUCAGUAAGCACAUCCAAUGGUGUGAGUUCCACCUCAGUGGCAGAAGCAAUAGCAACAUCCGUUCUCACCCAGAUGGCAGACCAGAGCACCGAACCAGCUGCUUCACAUGUUGCCGUGGCACCACCUCCUAAUCCUCCUCAGUCUUCAGGAAGUUGAUCGCUAACAAAUCAAUUGCACCAACUCUUUGUAACCAUUGGUGAUUAUUAGAGAAGAAAAAUGCAUUAUAAAAAAGGGUUCCCCCGACACUCAGGCCUCGAGCCAGCAAUAGGGUGAAUUAAUACCUCCAUAGAAGAAGGUUUUAAUCGGCUCUUUUUACUGUCACUUUUUAAAUGCACUUGUCAAAUUUUUUAAGGUGCCCACGUGCACCUUUCCUAUUAGUUAUAAAUUGAUGAGCAGCUUGCAAUUUUCUCUCUCUACUCAUUUGGUACAUGCACAUGAGAGCUCCUCAGCUGUGUGGGGUGACUCUGGUAUUCUCGUGCCUGCUGUACCUUUUAAGAAGGGCUGGGGUACCCUCCAGGCAAGCCUGUUCUUAUUUUGAUCAGUCAUAUACAAGUCCUGGUGUUUGUACUCUAAUGGUGGGACCACACUUUUGCAGAGGCACUUUGUAAGUGGUUUGUGGCUUCCCGGUAUAUUUUUCUGAAUUUUGCAUCUGAGAACUCUGCUUUCAUUUAAAGCAGGUUUUAAUUGGGUAAUUUUUCUGGCUGGCAGGUUCCUUUGCUGAGGAACCUCUUUUUUAAUGCACCUCCCAAGUGCAUCUCCCAUGCUAGUUAUAUGCUAGGAGUUACCAUUUGUUCUCUAUAGAUGAGAGAUGUAUGAAAGGCCAGGCUUAAAGGUGUAAAAUCCUAUCAUUUUUACACAAUGGAACAAGUUUUUUUUUAUGUUCCCAUACAAUUUAACUAUCCCUGUCUCAUCAAAAAUUAUUUUUAAAAUGGGGCAAAAAUUGUUUGUUUAUAUUCUUUUAAAAAGUAUCGGGAUCAUCUUUUGAGAUCUAGUGCAGGCGUUAUGGUAAUAUUAAUUAUAUGUGUUAUUUAUACCAAAGUUCUGCAUAGUCCCUUUUAAUCUUUAAUCAAUGUUUUUUUGCACUAGGCCUGAUUAAAAAAAAGAAAAGGUAAUUACUUUCUUUUAUUGUUUUUGCACAAAAAGAAUAAUAAUGUCAAAUGUAUGUUUUAUGUAAUGUUUUUUUAAUUGCACAUGGUUUGUGACAGUUACAAACUUCUUAAUCGGGACAGUCACUGCUUUAUUUUAUAUUUCUUUGGAAAUGAAAGUUGCUUGGCUCUUUACUUUAAAAGGUUCUAGUCUAAGUGCAAUUCUUUAGUUUAAUUGCCUUUUUUUUUUACUUUAUUUUGGAGAACGCAUUGAAAAUCGUGAAUAUAAUUCAUACCAUGGAGUGCUAGUUUAUUAGUAACCAGUAGAAUAGUUUAUGGAAAUUCACAUCUUUAUGGUCUUCACUGGCUCCCCCAAUGUAUGUUUACUAUGAGUGUAACUGCCAGAAAUAGAACCUGAAAAAACAACAGUACAUUAGACAACUUGGAACAUAUUUUCCUCACUGUGUUUGCAAGCUGACUUGUACUUAAUUCUUGUGAAAACACUAUCAUCUUUCUGUAGCAAACUUUUGAUACAUUUCUUGUGGAUAAGCAAAUCGGUAUCUUGGAAAUGUGCAUUUGUUUAUUGUUGUUGUGAGUGUGUGAGUUAGUAGUGCAAGGGGUUUGGGGGUGUUACAGAGGAGAGAAUGAAGCCCUUAGAUUAAGCCAGCAAACUAUGCUUGAAUGUUCUGAGAUGCCUUCGAUGUGAUGCUGGCUUAAAACUGCAAUUUCAAAUAAGUUUAAUAACAAACAUUCCAUAAUGUAGCUUGUGCUGGGGAAAAUGACGAUUGUAAGUUCCACAUUCUCAUGGUAAAUGUUGCCUGCAGGAUGCGGUGUCCUCUCUGAAGGGUUGCCAACUGUCCUUUUUUAUUUAUUUUUUAAACAGAAAAAGACUUGUUUUCUUUAAGCAUACUUAUACAGUAAAUGUAACCAAUCUUUAUUUUAAUAUUCAUCUUAUGUGAUAUUAUGAAAUGGUAAAGGAACACGAAAUAGUGUAUCCUGUAAUAGUGUCCAUUGUCUGUUCCUUAACAUGUUACUAAACCCACAACAGUAAAAUCAGUCUGUAUAUGCAGUAAAGCAUGGUUGUUGUACUCCAUGUGGAACCUAAAGAGUUAAUCCUUUGUAUUGUGUAACAAGGCUGCUUGGUCCUGUAUGCACAGAUACUUCUCUUCUUCCAUUGACUUCACAACAUGUCCACAUAAGACAGAGCCUUUGGAGUCAGGCUGCACAUGUUUGGUGUGUAUUGCUAGAGUUUUUUUUUUUUCUUGGGAGAGUGCAUGUGAUCAGCCCUGUAUAGAAAGAGGGUCAGGGAUCCUAAUAGGACAGCUCAGUACUGUAUGAAAACUCCUCCUACAAGCUUUACCAGAAACUGAUAGAAGUCACAAAACUGCUAUAUACAGCUGAUGAGAAA